GGUUGAUUCUAAAGUACUAUCGAGAUUAUCGACGACGUGCACGAGUAAUGCAGCCUAACGAAACCACUUAGGAGAAUUGCGGAUUUAAUAGUUGGUAUCUUCUAACACACGGGUGUGAGCUGAAUGGCGAUCAAAACCGAAGACUAUACUUUCAUGCUAUUACCGCACUUAUAUUCGCAGCUUCGGUACCCUGAAGACCUGAAGUAACAAUAUCAGUAGAGUGACUACGAAAAAUGGUAAAACUUCGAAAAUGCCACUAGAUAAUGGAAUAAAAGUUGUCGGUGGUGGUUUAUCAACAGAUAUGCUACAGUCGGAGUGAAAAGUAAAUAAAUGCUAAUGUCAAAUGAACAUAAGGAGGUGUUGAAUCAUAACUACGUACUUGAAACUUCGACGAAGAGAAUAUUUGUAGAGUGAUGAGCGGACCUAUCAAUAUGAAUUGGCUGAGUUCGGCCGAAGGAGAGUCCUUGCUGCAUCACUUUUACGAUCAAACGCUGAAAAAACGACGGUUCUACGGAAUUCUAGAGAGACCAGCGUUACCAUCAUCCAUUGAAGAAGUUAAUUAUAAAAUUUUUAUGAUUGGGAGACCGGGUGUUGGAAAAACGUCGGUGGUCGCUCGAUUUCUCGGGAUUGCUGGGAGCGAGAAUGUAACUUCGGAAAUUGGGGGAAUUCGAAAGACAACUGUCUAUUGGCCUGUAAAAAUUUGGGAUAAAGUUGUUUUGUUUAAAUUAAGUUUUUGGGAUACUUCGGAAAGCAGUAUAAAGAAAUAUAAUCAUGUUCUGCCUGCAUGUAAAGACAAAGUGGAUGCCAUUUGCUCAGUAUUUUCCUUUGAAGAUUCAGCGAGCUUCACCGACAUUCCAUACCUCAUGAACUCCAUGAAUGGCAUCAAAGAGAAACCUGCAAAAGUAGUAAUUGGAACAAGAUACAAACCCUGGUCAACAUUAUCAGUAACUGACAUCCAAAUCAAAGAAUUCGAGAACAAAUGGAAGAUGAAGGUAAUUAAGAUCGACGUUAAUAAAGCCUCAGCGAGACCGGAGAUCUUCGACGUUGCUUAUCAGUUGAAUUCACUCUGUAAAUCAUUAUGGAAUAGAGAUCAAGAGUUUAUCACUAAGCAAAUUAUUCAGGUUUGAGAUUCUUAAUUCCAUCAGGACGGUGACAAUUUGGCAAGUGGAUCGAUUAAACAGUAAAGACCGACAAUUGAUGAAAUCAAGCCCAAAAGACCG